AUGGCUGGUGGCCGUCAGGAGCCCUGUGUGAUGGACCUGGUGCCCCCCAGGAGGGCAGACUGGAGCUACAGAUGUGUGGCACCUCGAGACCCCCGGGUGCUGGGUUAUGGGGACUCUGCCGUCUGCAGAGGCCCGCUGGGCAGAGGUGUGUUCUGGAAGGCUCUCAUCCGGCCUCCGUCCUGGGAGCUGGGCCUGCAGGAGGGGCCUCGUAGGGGUCCAGGUGGCCCCACCGUGUACCCCCCCAUGGCCGGUGACUGUGUCUCCGCAGACCUGCGGCCGCUGGACCUGCUGGCAGAGGCGGUGCCCGCACACGGAGCCCCAGGGGUGGGCGUGGUACUGGCCCAGGGUGCCCCCGGGCUACAGCUGAGUGCCGCCCACCCCCACACGCUGAGCUUCCCGGCCGGCCGCCUCUUCUCCGCGUGUGACCUCUUCCCCGAGGAAUUCUCUGUGGUCGUCACCCUGAAGGCCCCGGACCUCGCCCCCAAGAAGAAUGAGUACCUGCUGGCCGUGGUGGCAGAGCGGGGGGCUCUGCUGCUGGGUCUGCGCCUGGCGCCCAGCCGGCUGCAUCUCCUCUUCCUGAGCCCGGGGGCGGCAGGCACCUGGCAAGCCCGUGUGUCCUUCCGCAUCCCCAUGCUGACCGACGGCCACUGGCACACGCUGGUCCUCGCCGUGUCCCCAGGCACCUUCUCGCUCACCGUCGACUGCGGCCGGGCCCUGGACAUAGACGCAGACCUGACCUUCCCGGCCACCCUGUCCAUGAGGGGCGCCCGCUUCUUCGUGGGUAGCCGGAAGAGGGCCAAGGGCCAGUUCACAGGCCUCCUGAGGCAGCUGGUGCUGCUCCCCGGAGCUGAUGCCACCUCCAGGCUGUGCCCCUGCCGCCUCGCCCACCAGGCCGUGCUGGCCCUGCCCCCCAUCCUGCAGGGGCACCCCGGGGGGCCGGGGGACAACGAGGUGCUGAGGACACCCUACGAGACAGGCCUGACGGUGACGCUGGGAGUGCGGCCACCCUGCACAGCGCUGGAGCAGGCCCGGUUCUGGCUGGAUGCGGCCGGCCGGGGGCUGUACCUGUGCGUGGCCGGCCAGUGGGUACCCGUGCUGGCAGCCAAGGAGAAGCUGGCUUUCCUGGAGGAGCACCAGAGCCUGGCCACGCCGUCCGAGACGCUGGCCCUGGAGGUCUUCGCCAUCCCCGAGGCCGGGCUCUUUGUGGCGGCCGCCAGCCGCAGGGCCAGCUCGGCCAUCUACAAGUGGACGGGCGGCAGGUUCACGGCCUACCAGUACCUCCGUACCCACCGCGCCCAGUCCUGGUGCCACUUCACCAUUGGGGGGCAGAACUUCCUGGCGGUGGCCAACCUGGAGGCAGACGCACAGGGCCGGGAGUUCUCGGUCAUCUACAAGUGGAGCCGCAGGGGCCUCCGCUUCCGGCCGUACCAGCGGGUGCCCACCCACAGCGCCCGCGACUGGGAGGCCUUCCAGCUGGCCGGGGAGCAUUUCCUGGCCGUGGCCAACCACCGCGAAGGCGACGACCACAACAUCGACAGCGUCAUCUACAAGUGGGACCCCCACACGCGGCGCUUCGAGACCAACCAGACCAUCGCCACGUCGGGCGCCUAUGACUGGGAGUUCUUCUCGGUGGGGCCCUUCAGCUUCCUGGCCGUGGCCAACGCCUUCAACGGCACCAGCACGCGGCUGCACUCGCGUCUCUAUGUGUGGCUGCUGGGCACCUUCCGCCUCUUCCAGUCCUUUCUGACGUUCGGGGCGGCCGACUGGGAGGUCUUCCGCAUCGGGGAACGCGUGUUCCUGGCCGUGGCCAACAGCCAGGCCUACGACCUGGACGCGCCCGUGGACAGCAGCUCCUACGUCCUCAACUCCGUCAUCUACGAGCUCAACGUCACCGCCCAGGCCUUCGUCCCCUUCCAGGAGAUCCCCACCUGCAGCGCCCUGGACUGGGAGUUCUUCUCGGUGGGUGAGGACCACUUCCUGGUGGUGGCCAACUCCUUUGACGGCACCUCCUUCUCCGUCAACAGUGUCAUCUACAGGUGGCAGGGGUACGAGGGUUUCGUAGCUGUGCACAGCCUGCCCACGCUGGGCUGCCGCGACUGGGAGGCCUUCCGCACGGCGGCCGGCGCCUUCCUGGUCUACUCCAGCGCCAAGGAGCCCCGUACCCGCGUGCUGAGGAUGAGGACAGGCUGACGGCACCCCUGGUCCCGGGUCCCCGGCAUCCCCCGUCUGGGACCCCCACCCCCUGCCACCCAGCAAGCCAGACUGGGGUGUCCGCACCUGCCUCCCCGCCACAGAGGCCGCUCCCUCUGGGUGGCGCCCAAGGCUUCCAAGGGGUCUGUCCCCAAGAAAAGUGACUUGAGAACUCAGCUCAGAAACAGGGGCGGCACCUCCUCACAGCCCACCGGUCAGUCACCCCAGCCUGGCCAGCUCCAGCCCCACCUGGGAGGCCCACUGCAUCUGGUCGGCACCCCUCAGACUGGGCCCUGGGGCCUGGGCCAGCCGCUACAGACCCCUAAAUGUAUUUAUUGUCUGUCAGUGCCGAAACAUAUUUAUGACUGAGAAA